ACCCAACAAGUCUGGCGUCCCGGAUCGACCUCAAAAUAACAAAAUUAAACUCUCGACUAUAAAUACAAAUCGGAAUAACCCCCAUUUUCACAAACACAAGCAAUCUCUCUGUGUCUCUCGCCCUUUUCGUUUGGAUCAGAGUGUGCGAUACAGAUCUUGAAUUGACAUAACAGAAUGUCUGGAAGAGGAAAGGGAGGCAAGGGACUUGGAAAAGGAGGAGCGAAACGACAUCGUAAGGUUCUCCGUGAUAACAUCCAGGGAAUCACGAAGCCAGCCAUUCGUCGUUUGGCUCGCAGAGGAGGAGUGAAGCGUAUCAGUGGUCUCAUCUACGAGGAGACGCGUGGAGUGCUCAAGAUCUUUCUUGAGAAUGUGAUCAGGGACGCUGUGACUUACACUGAGCACGCGCGUCGCAAGACUGUGACUGCCAUGGAUGUUGUGUACGCUCUCAAGAGGCAGGGCAGGACCUUGUAUGGGUUUGGUGGUUAGGGUUUUGGCAAGAGUAGUUGGUGUUUUGGAAUCGAAGGUAGAUUUGGCAAAUUUAGAAUUUGUUUGGUUUUGUUAGCUUGUAUUAAAAUGUUAUGGGUUUGUAAGUACUGGGUUGAGUUCUAUUUUGUAUUGGGAAUGGUUGGAACUUUGAAAUGAAAAUUGGAGGUGGUGGUGUUUGAUCCCUA